UUACAGAAAACGACUAAAUAGUUCAGUCCAUAUCAUUUAUUAUAAACGGUUCAUAACAUCAAGAAGAAAACACGUUUUAAGAACACUUUCGCCUUUUUUUAACGUAACACAACAACCUAAAAUGCCAGGAAAAGCGAUCGGUAUAGAUUUGGGUACAACUUACUCCUGCGUAGGUGUUUUCCAACACGGAAAAGUGGAAAUAAUAGCUAACGAUCAAGGAAACAGAACAACCCCCAGUUAUGUCGCCUUUACCGACACCGAAAGGCUUAUUGGGGAUGCAGCCAAAAAUCAGGUGGCAAUGAACCCAAGGAACACCGUGUUCGACGCCAAGCGUCUCAUCGGUCGUCGUUACGAUGAUCCCAAGAUCCAGGAAGACAUUAAACACUGGCCCUUCAAGGUGGUCAACGAUGGCGGAAAACCCAAAAUAGAAGUCGAAUAUAAGGGCGAAACCAAACGAUUCGCUCCAGAAGAAAUUAGCUCGAUGGUUCUGACCAAAAUGAGAGAAAUAUCGGAAGCGUUUUUGGGUAGCAAAGUCGUUGAUGCUGUCGUCACAGUUCCAGCAUAUUUCAACGAUUCCCAGAGGCAAGCAACCAAAGAUGCUGGGGCCAUUGCUGGUCUAAACGUGUUGAGGAUCAUCAACGAGCCCACCGCUGCUGCUCUGGCCUAUGGUCUCGAUAAAAACCUUAAGGGAGAAAAGAACGUUCUCAUUUUUGACUUAGGUGGUGGAACAUUCGAUGUGUCUAUCCUUUCGAUAGACGAAGGAUCGUUGUUCGAAGUAAAAUCCACUGCAGGUGAUACCCAUCUUGGAGGCGAAGACUUCGAUAACCGUUUAGUCAACCACUUCGUGGAGGAGUUCAAGAGGAAGUACAAGAAAGAUUUGUCCGGAAACACCCGUGCACUUCGAAGAUUGAGAACGGCAUGCGAAAGAGCCAAGAGGACACUUUCCUCAAGCACAGAAGCCAGCAUCGAAAUCGAUGCCCUCCACGAAGGGGUUGACUUCUACUCAAAGAUAACCAGGGCUCGAUUUGAAGAACUUUGCAUGGACCUAUUCCGUUCAACGUUACAACCUGUUGAAAAAGCUUUAAACGACGCUAAGUUCGAUAAGGGACAAAUACACGACGUCGUCUUGGUUGGUGGAUCAACCAGAAUCCCCAAAAUCCAGAAAAUGUUACAAGACUUCUUUUGCGGAAAAAGUUUGAAUUUGUCAAUCAACCCAGACGAAGCCGUGGCCUAUGGGGCAGCGGUUCAAGCAGCAAUUCUUACCGGAGAUACCAGUUCUACAAUCCAGGACGUCCUUUUGGUUGAUGUUGCCCCACUAUCCUUGGGUAUUGAAACUGCUGGAGGAGUCAUGACGAAAAUUGUCGAAAGAAACUCAAGGAUACCGUGCAAACAAACUCAAACGUUUACCACCUACUCAGAUAACCAACCUGCCGUCACCAUUCAGGUGUACGAAGGUGAAAGAGCGAUGACCAAAGACAAUAAUCUUUUGGGAACGUUCAACUUGACGGGCAUCCCUCCUGCUCCCAGGGGAGUCCCCAAAAUCGAGGUCACAUUCGAUUUAGAUGCCAACGGAAUUUUGAACGUGUCUGCUAAAGACAGCAGUACCGGAAAAUCUGAAAAAAUCACGAUAACCAAUGAUAAAGGACGUCUAUCUAAAGAAGAAAUCGACAAGAUGCUCGCCGAGGCAGAAAAGUACAAGGCAGAAGACGACAAACAAAAAGAAAAAAUUGCCUCCAGAAACCAACUUGAAAGCUACCUGUUCAGCGUCAAACAGGCUUCUGAGGAUGCUCCAGCGGACAAAUUAACACCUGAAGACAAAAAGGUCGUGUCGGACAAGUGUUCCGAAAUACUGUCUUGGUUAGACAGAAAUCAGCUAGCGGAAAAAGAUGAAUUCGAAGAACGGCUGAAGGAAUUGCAAAAAGUGUGCUCCCCGAUUAUGAUGAAACUCCACCAAGGAGGCGGUGGUGCUAAAGGGGGACCGACUGUAGAAGAAGUAGAUUAAGUUCAAAACUAUUGCAAUUCCUUUACUUGUAACAAAACAAAUUCAGAUAAAUAAAUUCUUUGAGUGUA